GCGAGGAAAGGCCAGGUGGAGGUAUAAAGGGGAAAGGUGGCCAAGUGGAGAUGUUCUGGAGCAGGGAGUAAAACCCCUGGGCCCGGUUCAUCUCUCGCCACCUGCUGCUCGCCUGCACUUGGGCCUCUGACACAGGUCUCCCUUCUAUGGCCAGAGUACCAUGGGCAGCGUCCGUGCUGUUGGUGCUGCUGGUCCUCCACCCACCGAUGGUCUCUCCGCUCCCCGCCAGGCACCUGUGUGGCUCCCACCUGGUGGACACACUGUACUUCGUAUGCGGAGACAAGGGCUUCUACUACAGACCAAACCGGUCCCACAAGAGGGAUUUGGACCAGGUCCUUGGGCUCCUGUCUAGAAGAGCCAGACAAGAGCGGCGGCUGCUGAGGGACUUCGGGCCACGUGAGGAGGCCAAGGUGAAGCGGGGCAUUGUGGAGCUGUGCUGCCAUAAGCCCUGCAGCCUUCAACACCUGGAGGGCUACUGCGACUGAUGCCGCCACAGCGUCCAACGACACGACGGUCUUGAAGACAAUUUCACUUCCAAAUGUUGCUGAAAUAAAGGUUCAUGGCCCAUAA